UCUCUCAGUAAUUUAGCGGUAAAAAUUGAAGUUUUUUCCCUCUCAAUUUAAACCCUAAAUAAUUUACUUUGUUAAGCAUCGUUAAUCCGUGUGAUUCUGUGGCGUAGUUCACGUAUGGCAAACCAAUUGAGAAAAUGGAAGUCCAAAUAUGGAACUCCAAAUCCCUGUUAAUGGAGUCCAUCCUGUUGUGGCCAUUCCAUAAUCCAUCAUCGGAAUUAAGUCGGAAUAUGUUUACAUCCAAAGAAAUGCCGAUCCCCCAAUCGGCGUCCGCCGUGUUCUCCGCCUACGCCUCCUUCGCUACCACCAUGAUGCUCGUCCGCUCUGUAACCAACGAACUCCUCCCCCCAAAAUUCAUCUCCUUCCUCUCUUCCAUUUUCUCCUACUUAUUCGGCUCUGUUUCAUCUCAGACCAAGUUCAUCAUCGAGGAGAAUUGUGGAGUCACCGCCAAUCAGGUGUUUCAAGCCACCGAGAUCUAUCUCCGCACCAAAAUUGGCCCCUCCACCGACACCCUCAAAAUCACCAAAACCUUCAGGCAAAAGAAACUCACGUUUUCCAUCCACAAGGACCAGGAAAUCACCGAUCAUUUCAACAAGAUUCGGCUUCAGUGGCGAUUCGUCUGCUCCAAAGACAAACGCAACGAGAAGAAGCGCCAUUUCGAGCUCACAUUCGCGAAGAAAUUUGGGGAUACAGUUGUGGACGAGUAUUUGCCUUACGUGAUGCGAAGGGCCAGGGAGAUUCAAGAGGAGGAGAAAGUAAUUAAGAUCUACAGCCAAGAAUGCCAGUUUAACGAUGAUUACGAUGAGGGCGGUCGGGGCAGCUGCGGACGGUGGGGGUACUUGAAUUUCGACCAUCCGGCGACGUUCGAUACGGUGGCGAUGGACCCGGAGUUGAAGGAAUCCAUAAUCGAGGAUUUGAAUAGGUUUGUGAGGAGAAAAGAUUUCUAUAGAAAGGUAGGGAAGGCUUGGAAAAGAGGAUAUCUGUUGUUUGGUCCUCCUGGUACGGGAAAAUCAAGCUUGAUCGCCGCCAUGGCUAAUUACCUCAAGUUUGAUAUUUACGAUUUAGAUCUCUCCAGCGUUUACACCAACAAUGAUCUGAAGAGAGCGAUGCUAAGCACCACAAAUCGGUCAAUUUUGGUAAUCGAGGAUAUAGACUGCAGCAUAGAUCUACAGAAUCGGCAGAGCGACGAGGAGGAUUAUGGCUGUGCCCCCACCAAGAUUACCUUGUCGGGAAUGCUUAAUUUCAUAGACGGAUUGUGGUCGAGUUGCGGGGACGAAAGGAUCAUCAUCUUCACAACGAACCACAAGGAGCGAUUGGAUCCGGCGCUGCUGCGGCCGGGUCGGAUGGAUGUUCAUAUAAACAUGUCGUAUUGCAGCCGUCGAGGGUUCGGGGUUCUGGCCUCCAAUUACCUCGGCGAGGAAGCGACUCAGCACCGGCUAUACGGAGAAAUAGAAGACCUAAUCAGAGACAUGGAGGUAUCUCCGGCGGAGAUCGCGGAGGAGCUGAUGAAGAGCGACGAUUUGGAUGUUGCUCUCCAAGGUCUUUUCAAUUUUCUGAAGCGUAAAAAGGAAGAACAGACUGAGGCAGAGGAAAGGCCAAGUGAAAAGAAUGACCAUAAAGAAGAGGAAGACCAAUGCUUAGCUGCUUAUCAGUCGACACCAAUCUUUUGCUGAACGGCCUUCAAUUUUCAAAGUAAAAAGGAAAGAAAUGAUGUUUUUUUUUUUCACAUUUUUCAAAAAACUAGAUAGAUAUUAACAUUUUAUUUGUGGUCAACAUAUGACCAAUCAAUACCUAAGUAGUUUUCAAAGGCGAAGUGGAGGGUCCAUGUUUGAAGCAUGAGACCGAUGCCAUUUCUACAAAUAGAAAGGUAGAUUACAAGUUUAGAUCUAAACUCCUCAAUUCCAUUUGUUUUGUGAUAUUCCAUAGAAUGGCAUCUAAAUUUAUGGGAUUGUUUGAUAGGAAUGUUGAAUACCCGACAUUUUUAGAUGUGCAAGUAUCUUAAGAUGGUUGUAAAGCAGUACUUUUUUAAUGUUC